CACAAAUAUGCGUAUUUUCGCCCCUCGACUCUUAAAUUUUUAAUCCCUCAACCAAACAUGGUAAAAUGUUAUCUUGAUUAGGAUAGAAACUGCAUUGAAAUGUGUGAGCACAUUGGCGCAACGAGAGAGAUAACAAAAACAAGCCUAUGUCGAUCCUGGCCAGAGGGGCGAAUUACAGUCACCAGUACGCAGCCAUGGCAGCAAGCUUUUGCCCCGCACUCCCCCACCACUUGAAACCAACACCCAUAUCCAGAUUUCCCAAAGUUUCUUUCUCUUUCAAAGUAUUUUCUUCUCAAACCUCCGCAGAUGAAAACCCUACACGUGUGGGCUUUCUUGGUCUUGGAAUUAUGGGUUCUCCAAUGGCACACAAUUUGAUAAAAGCCGGAUGUGACGUGACUGUUUGGAAUAGGACUAAGAGCAAAUGUGAUCCUCUCAUUGAUCUUGGUGCAAAAUAUAAGGCAUCUCCUGGGGAAGUAGCAGCAUCUUGUGAUGUCACAUUUGCCAUGCUGGCUGAUCCUGAAAGUGCAAUGGUUGUUGCUUGUGGUGAACAAGGGGCUGCAAGUGGAAUGAGUUCAGGAAAAGGAUAUGUAGAUAUAUCAACCGUUGAUGGGCCCACAUCCACGUUAAUAAAUGCACAGAUAAAAGAAACCGGAGCACUAUUUUUGGAGGCUCCGGUUUCAGGGUCUAAAAAGCCUGCAGAGGAUGGACAGCUAAUAUUCCUCACUGCAGGUGAUAAAUCUUUAUAUGAUAAAGUUUCUCCAUAUCUUGAUAUCAUGGGAAAGUCAAGAUUUUACCUAGGUGAUGUUGGAAAUGGAGCUGCAAUGAAACUUGUUGUAAACAUGAUCAUGGGAAGUAUGAUGACUUCUUUUGCUGAAGGAUUGCUUCUUGGUGAGAAAGUAGGACUCGAUCCAACUGUCAUUGUUGAGGUAAUUUCACAGGGUGCCAUUAGUUCACCAAUGUUCUCAAUGAAAGGCCCUUCAAUGGUGCAAUCCAAGUACCCCACUGCUUUUCCCUUAAAGCAUCAACAGAAGGAUAUGAGGCUUGCUCUUGGAUUAGCUGAAUCUGUUUCUCAAUCAACACCAAUUGCAGCUGCUGCAAAUGAGCUUUACAAGGUGGCUAAGUCUCAUGGAUUAAGUGACCAUGAUUUUUCAGCAGUUAUUGAAGCACUUAAAGUCAAACUAAAAGAUUAAAAACACCACUUAAUACUUAAUACUCCUGUAUGUUUUGUGUAUUCAUUUAAAUUGAACUGAAAAGAUCCUUUUUUGUAUAAUCGACAAGUAUAUG